AUGGCAGUGCCCGGCGACGCUGCACGAGUCAGGGACAAGCCCGUCCACAGUGGGGUGAGUCAAGCCCCCACGGCGGGCCGGGACUGCCACCAUCGUGCGGAGCCGGCAUCGCCGCGGGACUCGGGCUGCCGUGGCUGCUUGGGAGACCUAGUGCUGCAGCCGCUCCGGCGCUCUCGGAAACUUUCCUCCGCGCUGUGCGCGGGCUCCCUGUCCUUUCUGCUGGCGCUGCUGGUGAGGCUGGUUCGCGGGGAGGUCGGCUGUGACCUGGAGCAGUGUAAGGAGGCGGCUGCGGAGGAGGAGGAGGAAGCAGCCCCGGGAGCAGAAGGGGGCGUCUUCCCGGGGCCUCGGGGAGGUGCUCCCGGGGGCGGCGCGCGGCUCAGCCCCUGGCUGCAGCCCUCGGCGCUGCUCUUCAGUCUCCUGUGUGCCUUCUUCUGGAUGGGCUUGUACCUCCUGCGCGCCGGGGUGCGCCUGCCUCUGGCUGUCGCGCUGCUGGCCGCCUGCUGUGGGGGGGAAGCGCUCGUCCAGAUUGGGCUGGGCGUCGGGGAGGAUCACUUACUCUCGCUCCCAGCCGCGGGGGUGGUGCUCAGCUGCUUGGCCGCCGCGACAUGGCUGGUGCUGAGGCUGAGGCUGGGCGUCCUCAUGAUCGCCUUGACUAGCGCGGUCAGGACCGUGUCCCUCAUUUCCUUAGAGAGGUUCAAGGUCGCCUGGAGACCUUACCUGGCGUACUUGGCCGGCGUGCUGGGGAUCCUCUUGGCCAGGUACGUGGAACAAAUCUUGCCGCAGUCCGCGGAGGCGGCUCCAAGGGAGCAUUUGGGGUCCCAGCUGAUUGCUGGGACCAAGGAAGAUAUCCCGGUGUUUAAGAGGAGGAGGCGGUCCAGCUCUGUCGUGUCCGCCGAGAUGUCCGGCUGCAGCAGCAAGUCCCAUCGGAGGACCUCCCUGCCCUGUAUACCGAGGGAACAGCUCAUGGGGCAUUCAGAAUGGGACCACAAACGAGGGUCAAGAGGAUCUCAGUCUUCAGGAACCAGUAUUACUGUGGACAUCGCCGUCAUGGGCGAGGCCCACGGCCUCAUUACCGACCUCCUGGCAGACCCUUCUCUUCCACCAAACGUGUGCACAUCCUUGAGAGCCGUGAGCAACUUGCUCAGCACACAGCUCACCUUCCAGGCCAUUCACAAGCCCAGAGUGAAUCCCGUCACUUCGCUCAGUGAAAACUAUACCUGUUCGGACUCUGAAGAGAGCUCUGAAAAAGACAAGCUUGCUAUUCCAAAGCGCCUGAGAAGGAGUUUGCCCCCUGGCUUGUUGAGACGAGUUUCUUCCACUUGGACCACCACCACCUCGGCCACAGGUCUACCUACCUUGGAGCCUGCACCAGUACGGAGAGACCGCAGCACCAGCAUCAAACUGCAGGAAGCACCUUCAUCCAGUCCUGAUUCUUGGAAUAAUCCAGUGAUGAUGACCCUCACCAAAAGCAGAUCCUUUACUUCGUCCUAUGCUAUUUCUGCAGCUAACCAUGUAAAGGCUAAAAAGCAAAGUCGACCAGGUGCCCUCGCUAAAAUUUCACCUCUUUCAUCGCCCUGCUCCUCACCUCUCCAAGGGACUCCUGCCAGCAGCCUGGUCAGCAAAAUUUCUGCAGUGCAGUUUCCAGAAUCUGCCGACACAACUGUCAAACAAAGUCUAGGUUCUCACAGGGCCUUAACUUACACUCAGAGUGCCCCUGACCUAUCCCCUCAAAUCCUGACUCCACCUGUUAUAUGUAGCAGCUGUGGCAGACCAUAUUCCCAAGGGAAUCCUGCUGACGAGCCCCUGGAGAGAAGUGGGGUAGCCACUCGGACACCAAGUAGAACAGAUGACACUGCUCAAGUUACCUCUGAUUAUGAAACCAAUAACAACAGUGACAGCAGUGACAUUGUACAGAAUGAAGAUGAAACAGAGUGCCUGAGAGAGCCUCUGAGGAAAGCGUCGGCUUGCAGCACCUAUGCUCCUGAGACCAUGAUGUUUCUGGACAAACCAAUUCUUGCUCCCGAACCUCUUGUCAUGGAUAACCUGGACUCAAUUAUGGAGCAGCUAAAUACUUGGAAUUUUCCGAUUUUCGAUUUAGUGGAAAAUAUAGGAAGAAAAUGUGGCCGUAUUCUUAGUCAGGUAUCUUACAGACUUUUUGAAGACAUGGGCCUCUUUGAAGCUUUUAAAAUUCCAAUUAGGGAAUUUAUGAAUUAUUUUCAUGCUUUGGAGAUUGGAUACAGGGAUAUUCCUUAUCAUAACAGAAUCCACGCCACUGAUGUUUUACAUGCUGUUUGGUAUCUUACUACACAGCCUAUUCCAGGCCUUUCAACUGUGAUUAGUGAUCAUGGUUCAACCAGUGAUUCAGAUUCUGACAGUGGAUUUACACAUGGACAUAUGGGAUAUGUAUUCUCAAAGACGUAUAAUGUGACAGAUGAUAAAUACGGAUGUCUGUCUGGGAAUAUCCCUGCCUUAGAGUUGAUGGCUCUGUAUGUGGCUGCAGCCAUGCACGAUUAUGAUCACCCAGGAAGGACUAAUGCUUUCCUGGUUGCAACUAGUGCUCCUCAGGCGGUGCUAUAUAACGAUCGUUCAGUUUUGGAGAAUCAUCACGCAGCUGCUGCAUGGAAUCUUUUCAUGUCCCGGCCAGAGUAUAACUUCUUAGUUAACCUUGACCAUGUGGAAUUUAAGCAUUUCCGUUUCCUUGUCAUUGAAGCAAUUUUGGCCACUGACCUGAAGAAACACUUUGACUUCGUAGCCAAAUUUAAUGGCAAGGUAAAUAGAGCUGGACCAGGCGAUGAAGAGGCCAGCCUUGGGUUACCCAUAAGCCCCUUCAUGGAUCGUUCUGCUCCUCAAUUGGCCAACCUUCAGGAAUCCUUCAUCUCUCACAUUGUGGGGCCUCUGUGCAACUCCUAUGAUUCAGCAGGACUAAUGCCAGGAAAAUGGGUGGAAGACAGCGAUGAGUCAGGAGAUACCGAUGACCCAGAAGAAGAGGAGGAAGAAGCAGCAGCACCAAAUGAAGAGGAAACCUGUGAAAAUAAUGAAUCUCCAAAAAAGAAGACUUUCAAAAGGAGAAAAAUCUACUGCCAAAUAACUCAGCACCUCUUACAGAACCACAAGAUGUGGAAGAAAGUCAUUGAAGAGGAGCAACGGUUGGCAGGUGUUGAAAAUCAAUCCCUGGACCCGACCCCUCAAUCGCACUCUUCAGAACAGAUCCAGGCUAUCAAGGAAGAAGAAGAAGAGAAAGGGAAACCAAGAGGGGAGGAGAUACCAACCCCAAAGCCAGACCAGUGACAAUGGAUAGAAUGGGCUGUGUUUCCAAACAGAUUGACUUGUCAAAGACUCUCUUCAAGCCAGCACAACAUUUAGACACAACACUGUAGAAAUUUGAGAAGAUGGGCAAAUGGCUAUUGCAUUUUGGGAUUCUUCGCAUUUUGUGUGUAUAUUUUUACAGUGAGGUACAUGUUAAAAACUCUUUGCUCAAAGAAGCUUUCACAUUGCAACACCAGCUUCUAAGGAUUUUUUAAGGAGGGAAUAUAUAUGUGUGUGUGUAUAUAAGCUCCCACAUAGAUACAUGUAAAGCAUAUUCACACCCAUGCACGCACACACAUACACACUGAAGGCCAGGAUUGCUGGCUCCACAAUUUAGUAACAUUUAUAUUAAGAUAUAUAGUGGUCACUGUGAUAUAAUAAAUCAUAAAGGAAACCAAA